AUAAAAAUGAAGUAAAAAAUUUAGAGUAUAGCUUGAAGGGACAAUGUAACAGUGAGAAAGAAAAUUGGAUUGCAGAGUUUAAGCAAGUUAAUAUAUUAAAUAAUGAUUUAGAGUAAUAAACUAAUGUUAUAAUUUUUAAUUUACAGGAUAAUGGCUGGACAUAAUAAAUUAACCAAAAUUGAAUACUGUAACAGUUUUAAAUGUUUUUAUCGACCAGUUGUACCAUUUUUAGUAUCAAAAUCACAAAAUAUGAAUAUUCCUGUACGAUUCAAUCAUGAUAUUUUAAGUAACAUAGUAACAAAUGCACAAGAACAAUGUUAUACAUUUUCACCUAAAUUAAAACCAUUUAGAAAUAUAGGAACCCAAACAGAUUAUCGGGAUAGUGACUCACAAACUGCACCUUGGGAUCCACCGUAUAAAAUUAAAUCAGGCCAUUAUCCUGAAGCAUUAUCAAUAGCACAUUUAUCUUGGAAUCAUGGAUUACAAAUUGGAAUUCAUGAUUUAGAAAUCAUUAAUAGAAUGAGAAGAAAAAGAGCAUGGGAAGGUGUUCUUCCUCCUAUGGAUACACCAGCAAACAUAAAAAAGCGAUCAGCUAUAAUAAAUGCAUUAGAAAUAGAUGAAUGGGCAUUUAGAGAAUCAGAAAUUCAAGCAAUAGUGGAUUAUAGGCUUGAAUUAAUGAAUGAAAUAUCUAAAUCACAAGAAUAUGAAAAAGAAAAAAAGAUUCAAGGCCGUUUGGAUAGAUGGACAAAUUUUUUAUCUAUACGUAGAGAUAAAGAAAUAAACUCUAUUAAACACAAGCUUAGAAGAGAAUUGAGAAAACUAUAUAAAAGACAACAACAAAAAUCGCAACCUUUUAAACGUGAUAUCAUUAAAGAACAUGAUGAUCCAUCUUCUGAAUUGUAUGCCCCACAAAUGCGUUAUGGCGAACAUCCUCAAAGAAGACAUGAAGUAAUAGAAAAAGAGUUGUUAGGAGAAGGCUGUAUCGAAAAUGUAACUGAAAUAAAUACAUUGCCAAAUUGGCUUCCAACAUAUGAAGAAUUAAGUGCAUUAAAGCCAAGAUCUAAGUCAGCUGAUUUAUGUAUCAGAGCAACAAGAUGGACAAAAGAAAAGCUAAGUCAAUUACAUAGUGACCUGAAAGCAAAUAGAUCAAGUACUAAGACAAUAGAGGCACCACUAUUAUUGAAACGCAAGUAUAAAUUGCCAUCUCUACCUUCUACACCAUAUAGAAAAAGCACAGAAGAUAUAACAAAUAAACGUCUGCAUCAGUUGUCUAUACUUAUUCAAAAAAUAAUUAAAGGAAGAGCCAUUCAAUGCAUGAUGUUCGAAGGCCGCAAUAGAUGUAGGGAAUUAAUCGAAGAAUUACAAUCAUCUUAUGGAUUAGAAGAACAUAGUAAAAAACAACAUCAAGAAGAAAAAGCGCAUACGUUAGAAUUGCAACAUUUACAAAGUGAAAAAUCUAUGCAAGAAGAUCGUUUAUAUGAAAUUCUUAAUUCUUUAGAAGGAAUGACUAUAUCGGGAAUGCUAGAUUUUCUUAGCAAAGAAUUAAUAAGAUUAGAGGAUGAACGUCGAAUACAUGCUUUUGCAUUAUUGGCUGAAAGAGAAAGAGCAACGAGAGAAGCAGCAGAAGCUGGAAGACGUCAAUUAGAAUAUAAUCGUCGCAGGGAAUUUGACGAAAUGUUUAGGCAAACUAUGAAAGUUAAUCAAGAAUCUGUGGAAAGUUAUUUAGAAGAUAUAAUAAAAGAAGGCAUUGAAUGGAUAUCUGAUGAAGCAACUAAAGUAUAUAUUUCGGAAUUGUGUGAUAAAAUAGACAUUAUAUCAAAAGCUGCGCAGAACAAUGCAACAAAAUUAUCAGAAGAAGAAAUGGUUGCUAAUAUGAUUUAUAAUUUUGUAUUACCUGAAGUGGAAAGAACUGCUGUACGAAAAAAUAUAAGAGAAAAGCAACAAGUUUAUUUGCAGAAUGCACAUGCUGUAAUUUAUGAAGAGAUAUUCAAUUUACCACUUGUUGAAGACAAAAGUUUAUUAGAUAAAGAAUCUGAAGAAAAACAUGGCAAAAAGAUUGAAUCACAGAAUUAAAUAUCUUAAAAAAUUAUAGUAAAUAUUAUUAUUCCUUAGAAUAUUUUAUUUUCGAUCUUUUGUUAUUUCAUGUUAUAUUACAUUAUUUUAGUUAGAAAUAUGUUCAAUAAUAUACAUUACACAUACGGAAUUAAAAUGAACACUUGUAAUUCCUUCAAAAGAUAUUGUAAUAAUUAUGUAGAGUAUUAUCUCAAGUGUAUUUUCGCAUAUAACCACGUAUCACAACAUAAUAUUUACAAAACAAAAAUACAAUACAGGACACUUUAAUUAUUUUGUAUUGUUAUAGAUAAUAAAAAAACAAUCACAAUUAACAGAGAGUAAAGGCACAUGAACAAAUAUAAUUACGUACACUUAAGUAGAGCCAUGAUGCAAAUGGGUUAAUAUUAUUAUUUACACGUCAUUGUAGCAUUUAAAAUCUGACACUUAAAAACUUGCAAGUCGAAAUAUGAUGAGAAUAAGUUGGAGUUGCAGGUCGAUAUUCACAAUUAAAAGUCGGAGCGUUAAGGGCUAAUAUUUUAGUUGAUAAUUAAUAUCUACAUUUUAAUGAUACAUUUAAAAUAACAUAUGAGUCAUAUCAUGCUGCGUACAAUUAUAUAUUUUAAUAUGUUUAUUAAUUGUAUUUUAAAUUUUUACAAUAAUUUAAUAUACAAUUCGUUAUAUUUAUACGUAUAUUUUUUUUGUUUAAUAAUAUGCUUGCAUCAAAAUAGAGAACAUCACACAUUUCAUUUUUCAUGUGUUUGUAUGUACAGUAUUUUCCGCUCAUAGACGCAAUGUUAUUCCACCAGUUUUUGUAAUUUUUUACAUAGAGCGAGCGUUCGCGUCAUUUUUGAUCUGUGAUCAGGCUAUUUCCACAAACAAUGAAACGUCAAAAUAAAAAAAAGUGACAUUUUUAUAUCUUUUA